AUGAAGAAAUUUUUUGACUCGCGUCGGGAGCUGGGAGUCUCGGGGCCUGGCCCGGGAGCCGGCGCAGGAGGCGGUGGAUCCGGCGGCGGAGGCAGCUUCAUCGGCCGGGUGUUUACCGUUGGACGGUAUCAAGGGACCAUCGAAGAGAUUGUGGCUGAAGGGGGUUUUGCCAUUGUUUUUUUGGUGCGAAUUAAUCAGGGUCAACGGUGUGCUCUAAAGCGGAUGUAUGUCAACAAUGAGCACGAUCUACAAAUUUGCAAGCUGGAGAUACAGAUCAUGCGAGACCUUGUGGGCCACAAAAACAUUGUUGGCUUCCUGGAUUCCAGCAUAGCUAGAGUUGGGGCUGGUGACGUGUGGGAGGUUCUAAUCUUAAUGGACUUUUGUCGAGGUGGACAAGUGGUCAACCUGAUGAACCAGCGCUUACAGACCGGCUUCACAGAGGCAGAGGUGUUACAGAUAUUUUGUGACACGUGUGAGGCUGUUGCUCGUCUGCACCAGUGCAAGACUCCAAUCAUUCAUAGGGACCUCAAGGUGGAAAAUAUUCUUCUACAUGAUCAAGGACAUUAUGUACUUUGUGACUUUGGAAGUGCUACAAACUGCUUUCAAAAUCCACAGACAGAGGGUGUAGCCACCAUUGAGGAGGAAAUAAAAAAGUACACCACUUUAUCAUAUCGCGCUCCAGAGAUGGUCAACCUCUAUGGUGGUAAAGUCAUCACUACAAAGGCAGACAUAUGGGCUAUGGGAUGUCUACUGUAUAAACUAUGUUACUUCACACUUCCUUUUGGGGAGAGCCAAGUUGCUAUCUGUGAUGGCAGUUUCACCAUUCCAGACAAUUCACGCUACUCCAACGAUAUGCACUGUCUCAUCAGAUAUAUGCUGGAACCGGACCCAGACAAGAGGCCAGACAUCUAUCAAGUGUCUUACUUUGCCUUUAAACUCAGUCGACAAGAGUGUCCAGUUCCAAAUUUUCAUAAUUCAUCCAUUCCUGCAAAACUUCCAGAGCCCAUUAAAGCCAGUGAUGCAGUAGUCAAAAAGAGUCUAAACAAAACCAGGAUCACAGACCCCAUUCCUACUACUGAAACCUCCAUAGCACCUCGGCAAAGGCCUAAGGCUGGCCAGACUCAACCACAGCCUAUUUCAGGCAUUCUUCCCAUACAAGCAGCUGCUCUGACCCCACGCAAAAGGCCCAAUGUGGCUGCUGGAGCACCCCAAGCUAUAGGUCAUGGCAUAAAUUUCCCACCUUCAGCUCCAGGUGCCGUCCAGACUGCUCAACAGACCCCCUCUGCUGCUCAGGCAUCUUUGCGACCAAUGCAGACCACCAACAUUCAGCCUCAGGUCACACCACAACCACAGAAGCUCCUCAUGAAACAGCAGCUGCCUUCCGCUUUCCUACACCCACAGAAUAACCAGCAGUUUCGACAGCAACAGCAGUGUAACCGACAGAGCAAAAAACUGCGAGCGAAGGCUCUGCUGCAGGGCAAAACUAAACCUGAUGUUCCUGCUCUCACACUGCACCAGCAGCAGCAGCAUGAGGUCCCAGCUCUCCGUCUGAUUCCCAUUCCUGAGUGUUCCGUCACUGAGCCAGCUGCUGACCCAGAUGUGGUAACAUCCUACCAUCACAGAGUCGGCUCCCUAACACCCCCCUCGUCCCCGAAGAUUGCGCCCAAGAGUGGCCAUAGACGCAUCCUGAGUGACGUCACUCACAGUGCCAUCUUUGGGGUCCCAAUCAGCAAGUCCACACAGCUCCUGCAGGCCGCCGCAGCUGAGGCCAGCCUCAACAAGUCCAAAUCAGCCAGCACGACACCUUCUGGCUCCCCAUACUCAUCCCAGCAGACUGUGUAUCACCCUGCUGACACAGAUACCCAGUCUGCCCGUAGUAAAACCAACGCGCAACCCAGUUGGAACCCCUUUGGCGACGAUAACUUCUCCAAGCUCACUGCUGAGGAGCUGCUUAACAAAGACUUUGCAAAGCUAGCUGAAAAUGUUGCAGCAGAGGAGAAGUCCAGGGGUGACAAUCUCAUUCACGGGCUCAAUUCAAUUGCAGACUCUUUAACUGGGAAGGACUCACUGCUGGACUACCAUCUUCUCUCUCAUACUCGUUCUCAUGGAAACCCAACUUCUGUUCAAACUUCCUCCUAUCGCUCCUCUGCUCCUCUUGGCUCCUGCUCUGCAUCCUGCCUGGAGGAGCAGCAGCCUUCUCACACAGCUGCUGACUCUUCUUUCCCCAUGUCACAAGGGCAGCAAGGGAAUAAUCAAGAGUUUGACCCUAUUCCCGUGCUUAUCUCCAAAACCUCAAACCAAGAUUCGCAACUUGAAAGAAACGGCUAUUCUGUGCUAGGCCAAGAAGGGUGCGAUCCUGAAACUCUUGGAGAUUUUGCUGCAAAUGACAAAUGUCUUCACUCUAGUGAUGAAGACCAGGAAAAGGAAGCCUAUCGAGAAGACCGGCAGAAUUUUAGGGGUACCACCAAAGGUCAUACUUCAGCCCAAGAACCGCUACUGGUCGACUCUGAAGAUGACGAAGAACACGGAGCUGAACCUAGCAUCCUUUCUACAGCAGCUGCACCCGCCGCCAUUGCCCAGAAUCAUUCCCAGUUUAAUCCCGAGCCAACCAGCGCAGAUGUCUUCUCAAAAGCUCCUUUUAGACUAACGCAGCAAGGAACAGGCGACGUGUUCGCCAACGCGCCAUUUCCGAGUGGACCGUUUGCAACCCAGCGGCCGUUGGACGUGUUCUCCCAGGCUCCGUUUGCAAAAAAGAAAGAGGCUUCAGCUCCCACGUACAUUCAAGGGGCAGCUGAGAUGCCCGAACAAGGUGUGUUGGGACAGACAGCCACACACACAUUCCGCCCACAGUCUUUAGCCAAAUAUUCCCGUCACUUUGAGGGAAAGGUCACCCAGCAGCCUGAGAACCUGUUUAAUGUGAGCAAUCAAACUGGGGUACACACCAUUGACCCAUUUAUCAGUGCACCAUUUCACUUCAAAGCUCCACAGGAAAAGCCCUGA